UCAAGCGAGAAGAAACGAGACAACAUUACUGAUGUGAAAUGCUGGAACUCUUGGCUUUUUCUUGAAAGACUGACGGGCAGACAGGACAAUGAACCCGUCUGGAAGUAACAUUCCUGUGGUGAAGGAAGGAUAUUUAAUGAAAAGAGGAGAACACAUAAAGAAUUGGAGAAAAAGAUAUUUUAUUUUAAGAAAAGAUGGUUCCUUUCUAGGCUUCAGGGCAAAGCCAGAACAGGGAUUUAAUGACCCACUUAACGAUUUUACUGUUAGAGAUUGUCAGUUAAUGAGACAAGAACGUCCAAAGGCCAAUACAUUUAUAAUCCGAGGAUUACAAUGGACGACAGUAGUAGAAAGGAUGUUCUGUGUAGAAUCUCAGGAGGAGAGAGAAGAGUGGAUAGCAGCUAUCAAUUCUAUUUCAGAUGAGUUGAAAAACUCUGAUGAAGGAGCAGAGGGACCAGCUCUAUUUGACAAAUCAAAGAAAAAAGUGUCAUUAGAUGACUUUGAGUUUUUGAAAGUACUAGGAAAAGGAACAUUUGGAAAAGUCAUUCUUUGUAAAGAGAAGGUCACAGGUCAUCUAUUAGCAAUCAAAAUAUUAAAGAAGCAAGUAAUCAUUCAAAAGGAUGAAGUUGCACAUACUUUGACUGAAAACAGAGUAUUACAGACAACAAAACAUCCAUUCUUAACACAAUUGAAGUACUCAUUCCAGACAACAGAUAGGUUAUGUUUUGUUAUGGAAUAUGUAAAUGGUGGUGAACUUUUCUUUCAUUUAUCACGAGAACGUGUGUUUUCAGAAGAAAGAACAAAAUUUUAUGGUGCAGAAAUAAUUUCAGCAUUAGGAUAUUUACACGAAAAUAAUAUUGUUUAUAGAGAUCUGAAGUUAGAAAAUUUGUUGUUAGAUAAAGAUGGACAUAUCAAAAUAGCUGAUUUUGGACUUUGUAAAGAAGAAAUGUUUUAUGGAGCUAGUACGAAAACAUUUUGUGGUACUCCCGAGUAUUUGGCUCCUGAAGUUUUAGAAGACAAUGAUUAUGGUCGAGCAGUAGAUUGGUGGGGCACAGGUGUUGUUAUGUAUGAAAUGAUGUGUGGACGUUUACCUUUUUACAAUCGUGAUCAUGAUGUUUUAUUUGAACUUAUAUUGUUACAAUCAGUGCGGUUUCCAAGGACAUUGUCAGAAGAUGCCAAGAGUCUUCUUGAAGGGUUUUUAAAGAAAAAUCCACAUGAAAGACUUGGAGGAAGUGAACAGGAUGUAAAAGAAAUUAUAGCACAUCCAUUCUUUAAAACAGUUAACUGGCAGGACUUAGUUGAGAAGAAGAUAACACCACCUUGGAAGCCAGACGUCAAAAAUGACUAUGACACAAAAUACAUACCUGAUGAGUUUGCCCAGGUUCCUCUGUCCUUGACACCUAACUCUAAAGAAAGUCAUGUAGAGCUCAGUUCCAUAGCAGAGGAAAGUGAACUUCCUUACUUUGAACAAUUCUCAUACCAUGGAUCAAGAGCUGGUAUGGGAGAAAGCUACCUCCAAUCACAUGUCAAUGAUGGGGAAAUUUUCUAGCACAUAUGAAAUGCAAAAAUAGAAUGAGGUUGUCUCUAUUGUGUAGAUAUAUCAUGUCUUUCAGUAUUGUAUAACUGUCAUCAUCAAUUAUAUCUCAAUGAACACUUUAAAAAGAGGGUGAUUUAAAUUUGUAUUUUGCUUCCUAGCAUUGACUAACAUGAAAUCUCAUGUACUGUGGAUUCAUUGAUUUUCUUAGGUUUCCAAUUUUCGAGAAAUUGAGAAAAAAAUUGCAUUGUUGUGGAUAUUUGAUUUCAUGGUUUUGUCAAUGUCUAUAGAAAGUCUAUAGAAAACUUGUAUCUAGGCGAAUAUUUAAAUCUCUGGUUCAUUGUUAUUCACAAAAAAUUGGUAUCCCAAUAACUGUAAUGAAUCCAUAGUAAUAAGGAUAUUAUGUCAUGUAAUAAUGGUAAACAGACAGAGAGUCACAGGACAAAAAGUCACAAAUAAUUUGUUUAAAAUUGUUUUAAUAUAUAAGAGAAAGUUCUGGAAAUAAUUUCUUUGUAUUACAUAUAUUCAUUUAACAGUUAAGGAAAUUGUUCAUAAGCCUUGAUAAAUGUAGAUUUAUCAAAAUUUAAACAUGCAAAGGAUACAUUUUUUGACACAAUGAAGCCAUUUAAGUACCAAGUCACUUUGACAAAUUGGUUUCUUAACAAUUAUAUGAUCGUUAUUGAAUUUAUCAGAAUCCAUUUUGUUUACAGAGCUGCUUUAUACAUAAUAUUAGAAAAUUAAAAUACAUGUUUUUAAAAAUAAGUGUAUUCUUUUUCAAAGACAAAUAAUCUCAAAACUGAAUUGUGACUUUUUGUCCUGUGACUUUCUAUCCUACAUUCUGUAAUAACACACCUUAGAAAAUCUAGCAGCAAUAUUGUAGUAGGAUAAUAAAUGUUUCGGACACUAAAAAAUGCCAACUAUCUACUUUAUUGUUAUAAUUUGGCUUAACUGGAAAAUCAGUCACUUUAAAUAAAUGAUAGAAUAUGUAUCUUCAAGGGGGAUUGUUUAAUUGCUCUCUUGUUAGGUAUACCCCCAUUUGUUAGAUUGAUUAGAUAAGUACAGUUAAAAAAGACUUUGGGAUGAAUUUACAGGGCUAAUUAAACUUUUUCAUUUCUUACCAUCAUUAGUCAUAUACCUGUAGUAGUACAUGUAUUAGGUUAUAAGAAGUUAGUUUCUUCAAGGUCAUAUAUUAGAUAUUUUGUUGCAAUAUAAGUCCUUUUAAGCAUGAUUAUUGUAACAUUCCAAAUAUGGGAUCUUUAAAGCCAAUUAAUUCAAAACUUGAAAAGGUACCUUUUAUAAAAAAAAGUCCAUUCUUCUAUAUUCUGCCCAACAAUUGUCAAACUAUUUUUUUCCCUUAAAUUAAAAUUUUUGCCAUGUAAAGAAACAUUUUACAUUUCAAAUUCCCAAGAUUUAAUGUCUUUUCUAGAAAUAAAAAUAUGAAAUCAAAGCACAGAAGCGCUUAAAAGGCUGUUUGUGUAUAUUCAUUGUUUUUCGACCUUGUGUAUAAUUCCAACCACACCUCACAUAAAAUGUUGAUUAAGAUCAGGUGACUUACUUCCUCUUUUGAAUGAUGUUUCAGAAUACGCUAUUUUAAAAUUAAAAUUUCAAGAAAAUUUUGUUCAAAAAAGAAUUUAAUAGGUAGAACAUUUGUUUUAUUUCCCACUCAAUACACAUGCAUGCAAGUGUCCCCCCUUUUUUAAAAAAGUGCAAGAUAAGAUGCAGAAGCUUAUUAUUAAUACAAUGAGUAACUUCCACUUGACAGCCAGAAAGAUAUCCUGUAUCAUAAAUCAAUAUUCAUUUGUAAUUUAUAUCAAUUUUAAAUUUUAAAUUUCUGGGUUUUUUUUAUUGUCUAAGGCUAAAGUAAGAUAGUCGAUUCCUGAAUAAUUUCUGAUUUAAUGUCAUUAAAUUCAUUUAAAUUUUAACCUGUUGCAUUCCACAAUUCAGUAUUAAGUAUUUUUACUAAGACCGGUAUUAAAUUUCAUUUAGGUAUACUCUUUUCUGUUUAUGAAACAAACAAAGGUGAAUCACUUCGCCUGAAACCAAAACAUAUACAAUACUUUUCUAAAGCCUCAAGUUAUUUUCUCCUCUCCUUUCCAGCAAAUUCAUUUGGUUAUUUUAACUGUUUUUCUUGUCAAAAAUUUAUAUGAUAAGCAGUAUUUUUCAUUAAAUUAAUGGCAAAAUGUUCAGACCAUAUCUUACUUAUCAGUUAGAUUGAAUUUUUUUUGAACUAUUUCAACAAUGGAUUAUGGAUUUCUUGUCCAAUCAACUUAAAUUAUUUUCAAUAAGAAUAAAGAAUUAUUUUGACUUUAUCUUAAACAACCAAGGAAUGAAUAACAAUGAAAAAAACCUCAGAUUCACAUUAACAGGUAAUCAUGUGACUAUUAUAUAAUACAUUUUGUUUUCAUCUCUGAUCCAGGAUGUUCAUAAGUACAUGGAAACCGCAAUUUAAAGUUUUUUUUUCAAAAUGAUUGCAACUAGAAAACAUCGGAUAGCAACAUUGACAAGUAUGGCACCAAUGCAAUGAAUAAAGGUAGAAACUGUCCUUAAUAAAAAGAAAUGAUUUCCUUCAACACAAAUUGAAUGUUGAAUGAGUUUUGGAAAUGAUUUGUUUGUUGUAUCAUUAAAGAAAGGUUCUGAUUACUUCAUUAAUCAUAUCCAAAUAUUAUUUUUGGUGAAGUUUAGUUUAUGUUUAUUUCUAUUUUACAAAUGAGGAAGAGCUACAGACAUAACUAAUUUUAUCAAAUAUUUUAGAUGUAAUUUGAAGUCUUUAAUGGUGUAAAUGACAAUAAAAUGUAUUGUAUUAAUCUUUGUUUGCUGUUGUAGUGAAAUAUUUUUAUAUAUUUGUGUACAAAAGAUAUUUUUAUUGCUGUCUCUAGCAUAUGACACAGUGUUGCCAAUAGGAUCUUUUUUUAUACCUUGUACAUAUAGAAAUAUAAUGGCUUGAGCUAUAACUUACCGGUAUUAACUUCUCCACAUUUCUACAUUUGUAAACCUUAAUUUACAUUACAGUUAAUUUAUUAAUCUGAUAUUUAUCAAUAAUAUGUCACAUUGUACUCUCACAAAAAAUAUGGCAGUGGCAAUUGUUAGCAUCACAAAUAAGAAAACAAAAGUUUUUUUUUUAAUGUUGACCAUUGAUAUUUAUGCAGAACAACUUCUUUUGCAGUGUGAAGAUGAAAAUUUAUUUGAAAUCUAAGUGUUCAAUAUGCACAUUUGUUAACUGUUGUUGUAUUUUAUUUUGUUUUCAGUGAAUUUAUCAUACAAAAUAUUGCCUGUAAUGUUAUCAACUUCCAUCAUUUUAACAUUGAAUUGCUUUUAUAAUUCAGCAACUGAUAAAAUAUCAUGAAGGAGAAAAAAUUGCUCUUAAUAGCAAUUUUACAGACUAAAUAUUCUUAAUAUAUAGGUAUUACAUAUUUUUGUCAUAUCUUUAACACUUAUGUAUAAUGUAUGUAACUUUCAAUCAGGUAUAUAUUUGUUUCUUUUCAUUACUCAUCAUGACAAUUUUACAUGCUUAAUUUUUGGUAAUACUUGAGUUUGAACUCUUAGUAGCUAUUCAUGAUUUGUAAAGUUCUGUGUAAAAAUUCAAUGAACCCCUUAUCUUUUGAGAGAUCAUAUUUAAUUCUAUGGAAACCUAUUGGUAUGUCACAAACAAAGCUUUAUACUGUCAAUGGCAGCAUUUUACAGAUUUGUACAAUCAAUACAAUUUGACAGCAAAUAGAGCAUAGUAACUAUUGUACUAUAAAGCAUCAAUAUUGAUGAAGAAUGCUUUUGGUGAAAUUAUUCUUUUCCAGAUAUUUUUUCCAAAAGUAGGAAUUUUGACUUGUAGUUUGAUUUUUAUACGCCCGUUUACAGGACGUAUUAUGGUAUACCUUUGUCCGUCCAUCCGUCCGUCUGUCCGUCGUCAACAUGUCGGACAUUAACUCAAAAACUCUUUAACCAGUUUGCAUAAAACUUUGGUGAAUUGUUUAUAUGUAUUGACGUGAGCUCCCUUUCGUUUUUCAUAAAUUUUAGAUUUUACGUUUCCGAGUUAUGGGGUUUUAUUCAUUAAAAAAAGGGGGACUUUCCAGUUUUCAGACAAUAACUCAAGAAUGUUUUCACCAACUUGCAAGAAAUUGUGGUGAAUUGUUUAUAUCUAUUGACUUGAGCUCCCUUUUGAUUUUUAUAUAUUUUAGAUUUUACGUUUCCAAGUUACAGGGUUUUAUUCAUAAAAAAGGGGGAUUUUCCAGUUUUCGGACAAAAAUCAAAAAUGCUUUCAGCAGAUUUCAUGAAACUUUGGUGAAUUGUUUAUAUCUAUUGAUGUAAGCUCCAUUUAGAAUUUUAUAAAUUUUACAUUUUACAUUUCUGAGUUGUGGGGUUUUAUUCAUUAAAAAAGGGGGGAUUUUCCAGUUUUCAGACAAUAACUCAAAAAUGCUGUCAGCAAUUCUCAUGAAACUUUGGUGAAUUGUUUAUAUCUAUUGAUGUAAGCUCCCUUUACAUUUUCAUAAAUUUCUAAUAAGACAUUGAGAAUUAAUUGAACUUUAAUUGUUUAUAGUCUGACAACAGAUUUACUAAGUAUUGAGCAACAGCACAGUGUAUUGCACAACAGCAAGAAAUCUUAAUUGAAAAAAAAUCAAUUCAUAUAACCAAUUUCAAGUUCUUUGACUACAUUUAUUCAGAAACCAUAAUAUGUCAAAUAUUUAAUACAAUCCAAAUUCAGACCUGUAUCAAGCUUGAAUAUUGUGUCCAUUUUUGCCCCAACUGUUCAGGGUUGGACCUCUGCGGGCGUACCCAGCUGCGCUCAGCGAAGCAGUUUUUUUUUAUAUGAGCUUUUCCUAUUAUGGAAUGUAGAACUAGCUGAUUUGCUGCAAGAAAAUACCUCCUCAUGAUCUUUUGAAAUUGCUUUUUAGAAUAGGUUUUAUGCAAUGGACUUGACCAGAUUUUGUAUGAAGAACAAGGUGCAUUACAAGUGCUAUUUUCCUUAAUUUGACUUAAAUUUGUAUUUUUAUUUUUAAAAAUGUCUAUUUAUAUCUUAUUCAACUUUAAGACAGUGCUCAACAAAAAGGUACCACCUUUGUUUGUUUUUUUUAAAUUUUUCAUAUUUUAUUGAAAUCUGUACAUUUGUUAGUUGAAAAACAUCAAGUACCGGUAAAAAGGUACCCACAUUAAUGAUGUCAUGAGUCAUAAAAAAACUACUGAUACUCUUUUUUUGAAAAAAUACAUACAGUUUUUAUUGACUUUCAAAUUUUUUAGACUUGUCAAUAUAAAGAGCAUACAAUAACCAUUAAAUAGUUUACAUCUGACUAUAUGAACAAACAGUCUGUUAUAAAUUUUCAUGGUUUUGCAUGUCUUGAUAUUUCCCACAUUUAAGUAAAAGUCAAAACUAAUUACUUUUGUCAGCUUAUCAAGAAAAAAAAAUAUGUACGUAUUAUUUUUCCACCUUUAAAAAUGUUAUGAGUAUUUCUAUUAUUUGAAAGGCCCUAGAGUAAAAACCUAUCAUAUGCCCUUCAUUUAUUUUUCACCACAAAAUUUAUGUGUUUUUAUGAAAACAAACUAGAUAUCUAAAAACAUUGUACACACUAUCUUUUCUUCAUGAAAUCUGUUAUUAAAAUAUCUGGAAAUAGACAAAAUGUUAUUGUAAGCAAACGAUCUUAAGUCAUACUUUCUUAGGUUUAUAUUAAAGGACCAUGGGUGAUAAAUCCAGUCUUAAGAUUGUUCAUUUCAAGUAGUUUUGUAUUAAUGUUUUUAAAAAUAACAUUCAAAGGGCAGAGGGAGAUUCAAUGUUAAUUGGAGAAUCUCCUUUUAAUAGGGAGAAUUGUCAUGUAUGUGAAAAAUCUUUGAGCACCAAAAAUCUUAUUUUGAUGGAAUAAAACUAUGAUACUGCUAAGAAUUAGAAAUCCUGAAGAAAUCUGCAAAAAAAAAUAUACUGUUGUACAAAUUGUAUUGUAAUAUAUAUAUAUAUAUAUAUGGUAUGUAUGAUUGUUGAAGUUUUAUUAAGUAUAGGUUAUGUUGUUGAGAACAAACAGUGGGUUGUACAUUUCAUUUAGAUUAGGAAGACCCACCACUUAUCAUUGUUAACAUGCUUUAUAGAACUGUCGGUAUACUAUAUUUUAUACAAAAUACAGAUUUAGAAAUCUUGAA